CAACUAACUAUUACUUGUACAAGUACAACUGAGAGAGAAGGAAUUUUUGAUUGACAUGCUCCCCCAGUAGUUUGAAUAUUCUUGCCGUUCAUGUUUCUGUACUCUUUUAUGUCCUGCUGAUCAGCUGAGCCUCAUUGACUUGCUUCGGAAGAGAGAGUUUUUCCAAUUCUGCGUGCUGUCGAUAGAGAGUGGGCCUGCGCUGUCCUCCUAUUUUUCGGAGCUUGUGAAAAGUAUUUUUUCUUGAGGAAUGAAUCAAUGCUGCUCGUAACAAAUGGGAUCAGCUAGCAGCCUCUUGGAGGAAGUUGCCAAAGCUAUCCGAAAAGAUGACUCUGACCGACUGACUUCUCUGCUUCAGGAACAUCGGGAUGCCGACCUGAAUGCCCUGGAAGCUGGGAGUGAACAACGGCCUCUUCACAUUGCCAUUCACUACAAAAGCAGUGGGUGCUUGGACGUACUAUUGGCGUCACCUGGGUUGGAUGUGAACAGUCGAGACAAGGAUGGACGAACAGUUCUACUCACUUCUGCCGCUAAAGGAUACCAGGCAAUAGCACUACGCAUGCUGGAUGAUGAUAGGUGCGACUGGGGAGCUGUGGAUGCCAAGGGGAUGACUGCACUCCAUCAUGCUGCAUCCACUGGCUGCUUACUGCUUAUUGAUUCGUUACUGGCUAAGGGCUUGGACGUGGCUGUCCUGUCUACAGCCAAGCGAACACCACUGAUGAUGGCCGCAACAAGUGGAGAGUCGCAGGCGGUGCAGCUGCUGUUAUCCCGCGGCGCUAGUCCGAAGUGUGCCGAUGCCGUGCUAUCCACACCGCUGCACUGUGCCUGCUUGCAGGGUAGCUUGGAGAUUGCACAGCAGCUUCUGGAUGCUGGUGCUGAGGUAGAUGCCCGGGACAAGUUCGACUGCACGCCACUGCUGUAUGCGCUACAGAGCAAGAAUAAAGAGUUGGAGGCAGCACUGGUCGCACGUGGGGCCAAUCUUACACACGCCUUGGACAAGAACUUCCAGGAGCUAUGUUAUCACACCUCCGGAAAGUAAGUCUUGCCAUUGAACAUUGGUGAACUGAACAUUUUCAUGACAUGCUACCCUUCACGUUCCAUUAUGCGGCUGUGAAGGUAAUAAGUGCGAUGAAUUUUAAUACUUGAUCAUUGGAUUUUGUCCACCAUACAUCCUCAGACCGACGUCUAACCGAUAUAAAAUUGCCACUUUUGAUCGGCUCUUGUAUUUGUGUCUGCCUCUAUCUACAUACCCAUGAUUGCCCAUCUGCUGGUGCUAGGAGCCCCUUUUGGGUCUUGUUUCUAUUAGUGACGUUUCAUAUUGGGUCCACUUCUCCAGUGGAGAUUCAUUUGCUCACGUAACUAUUGUGCUGGUCUCGCAAUAUAGUUUCAAAAAGUUUUCGCGUGGCGUUUCAUGCCGCAUCCAUACAAGUAUUUAGAUUACUCCGACUUUGCGACUGCUUUUGUUUUUCAAUUCCUGGUCUUGUCCUGGCGACAAAAUUUGAGACGGACGCGUGGACGUAUCCUAGUAUAUUAUGUUAUUUUGUUUUUAUCGAUUGCUAUCCCUCCGGUCUUCUUUUAUUCUGUUUGUUUACGGGGUGUUUGAAUUGACUGCAAUUGCGCUAGGUAACUGAGCGCUUUAUUUUUUCGCUGUCUGCUCGAUCGAACCGAACCACCCCAGACUCAAAUGUUCAAGUUCUAACUUUAUAGUAUUAUUUUUCAAUGAUAAAAUCAAGUUGGGUAACUCGCGAGGGUGAAUGUCA